CAUCCAGGAGGCGGGCCGGGGAGGCUGCCAAUGACAGGGCCUCCCCCCAGAGAGAUGCGGCGGAGGCGGGCCUCGUGCUGGAGAGGGACGGCCGCUUGUCCAAUGAGAGGCGGCGACCCGCGAGGCUGGACGCGGCACAGCCAGUGGGGCAGCGGGGCGGGGCACGGAGCGCAGAGCCAGCCCGCCAGUGCCCGAGCCGCGGCGUGCUGCUCUCGUCGGUGCCCGCCAUGGCCCGUGCCGCCCGGCUCCUGCCCGCGCUGGCCGCGCUCCUCGCCGCCGCCGCUACAGGCGAUGCUCGGCCCAGCAAAAUCGCCGUGGUGGGAGCCGGAGUCGGGGGCUCGGCCGUGGCCCAUUUCCUCCAGCAGCACUUUGGCCCCCGGGUGCAGAUCGACGUGUUUGAGAAGGGGACUGUGGGCGGCCGCCUGGCCACCAUCUCGGUCAACAAGCAGCACUACGAGAGCGGGGCUGCCUCCCUCCACUCCCUGAGCCUCCACAUGCAGGACUUCGUCAAGCAGCUGGGGCUGCGGCACCGGCGAGAGGUGGGAGGCAGGAGUGCCAUCUUCAACGGGGAGAGCCUGGUGCUGGAGGAGACCGACUGGUACCUGCUGAACCUCUUCCGCCUCUGGUGGCACUACGGCAUCAGCUUCCUGAGGCUGCAGCUGUGGGUGGAGGAGGUCAUGGAGAAGUUCAUGAGGAUCUACAAGUACCAGGCCCACGGCUACGCCUUCUCGGGCGUGGAGGAGCUGCUCUACUCCCUGGGGGAGGCCGCCUUCAUCAACAUGAGCCGGCGCUCCGUGGCCGAGUCCCUGCUCCGGGUGGGCGUCAGCCAGCGCUUCAUCGACGACGUCGUCUCGGCCGUCCUGCGGGCCAGCUACGGCCAGUCGGCAGCGAUGCCCGCCUUUGCCGGAGCCAUGUCACUGGCAGGGGCGCAGGGCAGCCUGUGGUCAGUGGAGGGCGGCAACAAGCUGGUCUGCUCCGGGCUGCUGAAGCUCACCAAGGCCAACGUGAUCCACGCCACGGUCACCUCUGUGACCCUGCAGCAGACAGACGGGAAGCCCCUGUACCAGGUGUGGUACGAGAACGAGGCGGGCGUGGGCUCUGACUACUACGACAUCGUGGUCAUCGCCACGCCCCUGCACCCGGACAGCGGCAGCUCCAUCACCUGGGGCUUCGACCCGCCCAUCGCCGUCGCCCAAGGCCCUUUCCAGCCCACCGUGGUCUCCCUGGUCCACGGCUACCUCAACUCCUCCUACUUCGGCUUCCCCGACCCCAAGCUCUUCCCCUUCGCCACCAUCCUCACCACCGACUUCCCCAGCUUCUUCCUGGCCCUGGACAACCUCUGCCCCGUCAACGUCUCGGCCAGCUUCCGGCGCAGGCAGCCGCAGGAGGCCGCCGUGUGGCGGGUCCGGUCCCCACAGCCCCUCCUCCGGUCCCAGCUCAAGACCCUCUUCCGCUCCUACUACUCGGUCCAGACGGCCGAGUGGCAGGCCCACCCCGUCCACAGCCCCCACGGCCCGCUCCCGCGCUUCAUGCUGCACGACCAGCUCUUCCACCUCAACGCCCUGGAGUGGGCGGCCAGCUCCGUGGAGGUGACAGCUGUGGCCGCCAAGAACGUGGCCCUGCUGGCUUUCAACCGCUGGUACCAGGACCUGGACAAGAUUGACCAAAAGGAUCUGAUGCACAAGGUGAAGACGGAGCUGUGAGGCCUGGGGGCCCAGGGAGCGGCCGGCCGAGCUGAAGGAGGGGCCCCCCACCGCCACCGCACCCCCUCUGUCCCCUCAGGCGGAGCGUCCUUCAGACCCCGGGGCUGCGGAGCGCCGGCGCCCUCCAGCACGGGUCCCGGAGGACCCCCCGCCUCUCCAGCGAAACCAUCCUCCCGGGGGAGCCUCUCGACGGGAGAGGGGGGAAGGGAAGGACGUUCCCGCCCUCUAUCCGCUUAUUUAUUUUUUUUAAGAAGAAAUAAAAACCCAUCUCAAGCUGCUUCUGACUUGGUUUUCUGAGAGGACACCGUGAGGACUCUGGGAGGCCGUGGAAGGCAGAGAACUCGGAAUCCGAUUUCUUGGUGCGUCCCCUGCCAGCUCCCAAAAGGCACCUGAGGCAGUGCUUUCCAGAAAUCAGACGGCUCCCCGCAGAGGGGAGGUCAGAAAACCUAGGACAGGGCGCCGGCGCCUGUUCACUGCAGGCACCUUAGAUGCAAAGUGCCCAGUUGAGAACUGACUGCACGACAGUCCAGCCUCUGGAUCCCCCUGCGGGUGGGGGAGGCGACCGUGGAAGGACACAAGGGAGAAAGGCUGCCCGAGCAGAGAGCUGCCCGUGAGCUCGAGCCUCACGGCAGCCAGUGGCAAAGGGAGCAUCGCAGGCGAAGGAGGCGCCUGGGAGGACCGACCCUCUGCCCGGAAAGCGAGGGCUGAGCAAGAACACGGCCCAUCCGCCUGGGAGAAGCCAAGUUCCCGGCGGCGGAGAGCGUCCAGCCCAGACAUUCGCCGCAGAGCAGAAGGUAGUGGGAUGGCGUUCAGGUGAGGACGCCCAGGUCCCACCCCGACCUGCUAAACACGCCUCGGGGGAGGACGCAGACACCAAGAGGACACCAGGCUGCCGAGGACCUGGACGUCAGGACUUCCUAGACGCCCCAGAGGUCAUCAGCCCUUGUCCCUCGUCUGGUAGAGGUGGAGCUACAAGGCCAAAGCGAGAAGAGAACUGGCCCCAGGUCUCCCAGUGAGUUCGCAGAACUGGGCUUCAGCCUGGAGCUUCUCCUUGGAAUUAACUGAAUUCGGCGUGGGGCAAAGUACCCUUCACGCAGGCAGAGGCUCCGUGGCCUCUGAGUCGCUUUUACUGGGCUUUCCUGUUUUACUAGGCAGAGGUGACAGCAGGGGUGGCGGACCGGCUGGUGCUUUUAAAGGGCACGGGCACGGGCGCACGCCUCUCGGUCGUCGCAGGAAGGAAGACCGCUCCCCAGUGCGACAGAGGACGACAGGUCAGCUAGCUGAAGCGACAGAGGGCCUCGCUGGUUAUGAUGAAGGGCCGGGGCCGCGCCAGCACCGAGCACGGCGAGGUGCCCUGCCUCCUCUCAAGGGCAGAGACGGCUGCCCACAGCCGCCAGCGUCAGAGGGUCUUCUCCCACGAGGACCCAUGAAGCAAAGUCUGGGCUCUGGGCCCCUGUGGAACCAAUUCCUGGGGCCGAGAGAAUGCCACGUGCUGACGGGCUCUGGGCUCAGCGGCUGGCCGAGUACCUGGGACACUGGGGACGAGACUAAACUGAUGGGCUUAGAACAGUCAGGUCCCACCGCGGCACCAAGGGUCUCAUCCAAGAUCAAAGGGGGGAGCCGGCUCUGGAGAAAGGCACAGUGUCGCCCAGGCGGGGACGGGGCGGCGCCCUCCCCUCCUCCCAGGUCCACAGAGAUCCAUGUGCAGCGGCCUCUUUUCACGGCCGGGGUCAGACGUGACGAUGGCACGGGCCGUCGCCAUGUGGCUGAGGACCGGGGCGUGGGGCCAAUACCAGUCUUGUCCCUGACAGCCCCCCCCCCCCCGCAUCCCUAAGGACAUGUGCACAGAAGAGGCACCAGGGCAGCCCCGUGUGAUCCCCAGCCUGGCCGCAGUGGGGCGGGCUGGUCCUUCCGAAGCUCCCUGUCCCUGGGUGGGCAGGCCUGGCCAGCUCAGGACAGCAGCCAGCCACGCCGCCUGCUGCCACGAGCCCAAAGCUGAGGGCUGGCUCCCACCGCCCCUCUGCCCACAAGGAGAGGCCAGAGGUUCCAGAAGGCAGCCCCCAAGGGCCCCCAGCUCUCUGGGAGGGGAGAGAGCAGUUGCCAAGACAGAACCCUACAAUCUGCCAAAUAAACAGGAACGAGGCAUCGCCA